AUUAAAAAUAACCCAAUCAAAAGACUGUACGCUCCUUUUGCCAGAGGCCCCAAAACGAUAACUAAAGUUCUAAAACGCCAUCUACAGCACCCGCCACCAAACCCGGCUUCUCACAGGCUUUAUCACAAACAGGUAGUUGCAAUUGCAAUCUCUUCUUAUUCAGCCACAAAAGGAAUAAUCUUAAAGUAAAUUCAGUUUCUGUGUUGUUAUUACUUUUCUUGCCAAAGUUUUUUUUUUCAUGGACUCUCAACAAUCUAACAAUUCCGUGCAAGACAUCUUUGACUCGUCGCUUAAUCUAGAAGAAACUCACUUCAAAGAAGGUUAUGACGAAGGCUACAAUCACGGCCUAACGACUGGGAAAGAAGAAGCCCGACAAGUGGGCCUCAAGUUGGGCUUUGAAACCGGAGAAGAACUCGGAUUUUACAAGGGUUGUGUCGAUGUCUGGAACUCGGCCAUCCGGGUCGACCCCACUCGUUUCUCGACCCGGGUUCAAAAGGGUAUAAAGCAAAUGGAGGAGUUGAUUGAAAAAUACCCAGUUAUGGAUCCGGAGAAUGAGAGUAUUCAAGAGAUAAUGGAGGCUUUAAGGCUCAAAUUUAGGGUCAUUCGCGCUGCUUUAGGGGUGAAUUCGUGGCAAGCAGGAAGAAAGAGAAAAAUGUUAAAGUUGAUGCUUGCUUGCUGCAAAGUAUAUAUAUCUGAGAGUCGAAACAAGGCUGCACUGCAAUCAGUUGAACGAGCAGCCAAACUAUUCCCGGAAGCUGCUAUUGUUAACAAAUUUGAAGAUGUGAUUUACAAUAGAGUUGGUUAUACCGUUGUCUCCAAAUUGGUUCCAGAGCUAUCACCAGAUUCAUGUUCUUUGAAGAAUACUGUGUUUGCCAUGGUUAAAGCUGCUUUUGAAAACAUUGACCUGGAGAUGCAUUCUGGAAGUCAUCCUCGGCUUGGAGUGGUUGAUCAUAUAUGUUUUCACGCGUUGGCUUGUGCCUCUUUAGACCAAGCAGCUGGGAUUGCGAAGUCUUUGGCUGCAGAUAUUGGCUCUAGUCUUCAAGUCCCUACCUUUUUGUAUGGAGCUGCACAUGAAGAAGGUAAGACACUUGAUUCAAUCAGAAGAGAACUGGGUUUUUUCAAGCCUAAUUCAGUUGGAAACCAAUGGGUUGGAGGAUCAAUAUCAGAGUCCUUGCCUCUGAAACCAGAUGAGGGUCCACUUGAAGUGAGUCAAACAAAAGGUGUAAUCGUAAUUGGAGCAACCAGGUGGGUUGAUAACUACAACGUCCCUGUGUUCUCUACAAAUGUUGGUGCUGUUCGUACAAUAGCAAAACGAGUAAGUGGUAAAGGAGGUGGACUUCCUUCAGUACAAGCCAUGGCACUGGCACAUGGUGAAGACGUCAUUGAGGUAGCUUGUAAUUUGUUGGAACCAAGUAAAGUAGGAGGAGACAAAGUUCAGCUAGAAGUUGAGAGGCUUGCAGGAGAAGAGGGUAUGGCUGUGGGGAAGGGAUAUUUUACUGAUCUUCCACAAGAGAAAAUAAUUGAAAGUUAUAUGGAACUGACUUCAUCUAUGUAAUAUAUAUAUACAUGAAACAAAUUGCUCCAUGUGUAACAUUUGAGGGUGAAAUUUUAUAAUGAA